AUGGCUUCGUUUUCCACCGAGUCGCCUUUGGCGAUGCUGCGCGACAAUGCCAUCUAUUCGAGCCUUUCCGAUGCCUUCAACGCCUUCCAAGAAAGGAGGAAACAGUUCGGUCUUUCCAACCCCGGCACGAUCGAGACCAUCGCCCGCGAGGUCCAACGCGAUACCCUCCUCACCAACUACAUGUUCUCUGGCCUCCGCGCGGACGUCACCAAGGCUUUCAGCCUCGCCCCUCUCUUCCAAGUUUCCCACCAGUUUGCCAUGGGUGAGAGGUUGAACCCUUAUGCCUUUGCUGCUCUCUACGGAACCAACCAGAUCUUCGCUCAGGGUAACCUGGACAACGAGGGCGCUCUCUCGACAAGAUUCAACUACAGAUGGGGCGAUAGGACCAUCACCAAGACGCAGUUCUCGAUUGGUGGCGGCCAGGAUAUGGCCCAGUUUGAGCAUGAACACCUUGGCGACGACUUCAGUGCCUCCCUCAAGGCCAUCAACCCCUCUUUCCUUGACGGCGGUCUCACCGGUAUUUUUGUCGGCGACUACCUCCAGGCCGUCACUCCCAGACUCGGCCUCGGUCUCCAGGCCGUCUGGCAACGUCAGGGUCUCACUCAGGGCCCCGACACCGCUAUCUCCUACUUUGCCCGCUACAAGGCCGGUGACUGGGUUGCUAGCGCUCAGCUCCAGGCUCAGGGUGCUCUCAACACUUCCUUCUGGAAGAAGCUGACGGAUAGGGUCCAGGCUGGUGUUGACAUGACCCUAUCUGUUGCUCCCUCUCAGAGCAUGAUGGGUGGUCUUACCAAGGAAGGCAUCACCACCUUUGGUGCCAAGUACGACUUCAGAAUGUCCACCUUCAGGGCUCAGAUCGACUCCAAGGGCAAGCUCAGCUGCUUGCUCGAGAAGCGUCUUGGUGCCGCCCCCGUCACUCUGACCUUCGCUGCUGAUGUUGACCACGUCACUCAACAAGCCAAGCUCGGCAUGUCCGUCUCCAUUGAGGCGUCUGAUGUCGAUCUCCAGGAGCAGCAAGAGGGUGCCCAGUCCCUUAACAUCCCCUUUUAA